GGGGCUGCAGGAUCGGAGAGUAAAACUUUCAUGCACGCAGCAUACAUACAACCUUAUCCAUCCAUCCACCCAACAUCCGUACGACGAAGGGUGAAAUAGAAGACCUGCAGAUAUCCGGAACAACGUUAACUCGAGGAAAGAAACUCGAGAAGGAAGAAAGGAGAGAGAGUGAGAACAAAAAAAUAAAUAACAGAAAUGCGGGUAAAUAAUUGAAGUCCCUCCAAAAGCUGCUCCGAUUCACACAGCGUCGAUGUUAUUAAUGUUUCGUUGGGAGUAUGCAGUAAAUCAUCUCAUCGGUCUCGUGUUUUUUUUAAUAAUUCAGUGCCAGUGAUCGCCGAGUUAAUUGUUUAUUUUCUCACGAUGAAUAUUUGAAUUUUGGGGUGAGAGGGUUGGCCGUGUGUAUAUCGAUUCGCUUGCGGCGGGGGAGAAAUUUUCCAAUUGCUCUUUCUCUCUCUCUCUCUCUUGCUCUCCCUCAAACGACGUCAGUUUGCGAGAGAACAGCAGCAGGAGCAGCAGCAACAGCAGUGCACGGUGUCCUGCAGAUGGAUGAGACGAAGUGAAGCAUCGACGACAUGCGAUCCAACUGCGAAGAAGGCGUUCCCAGCUGACCAUGUUGUAUCCAGCCGCGUCAUCGACAUCAUCGCAAUCAUCAUUAUCAUCAUCAUCAUGACUUAUCAAUAAUAUCAACGAAGCCAGUACGAGUCAGCAACAGUAGACGAAUGACCCGGCUUGAAACAAAUAUGCGUCGGUGACAGUUAAAACAAUGGAUCAAUGACCCUGUACAGUAUUAUAUUUUAGACUAGAUCAGUUUACGAGUCCGCUGAUAAAACAGGGGGGGUUGUUCGAAUAUUUUUCACCUCAUCGUUCUUUCUUUUCACCUGUUCGGGAGACUCGAAUAGAUUCAAAGUGCUUUAUUAUUAUAAUAAUCGGGGCUGUUCUUUAUUCAACAAUACUCUCAAUGGACGACGAACAGGACCAAGGAUGCACGGCGAGUUGGCCAGAUUCCGAGCACCAGACAAUAAAUAAAGGGAUGAAGUGUCCAAGAUCUAUGAGGACUGUAACUGAGAUGAUGCCAAGCAACGCUAACAAUGAUCAGGAUGACCCAAAGAAGUGGAGGUGAAGGUAGCGGUGGAUGAGGACGGGGAAGACCUACCAGCACGGCUAGCACAGCACCACCCAGCCAACCGUCCAUGGUGGGUGACCGGGACGGCGAUGGGCUGGCCGUGCGGUGGGACAACACGACGGCGGCGGCGGAGAUGGGGGAGAGAGGAAGAGAAGUGCGUGGAGGCGGAGGUGGAGGCGUCGUCGUCGGUGCGGCCUCUGCCUAUCCGAUGCAGACCUCUCCGCCGUCGGCGCCACCGAUGCCGCAAUCGUUGCCUCUACAAUUGCAGAGGCCCUACUCGCGUUCCAUGUCCUCCUUGCCCCCCGAGCCCUUCAUGAUAAUGCGCUCGAAGGCGGUCAACCGUCGGGUAUGCAUCAACGUCGGCGGCGUCAAGCACGAGGUCCUCUGGAGGACGCUUGAUCGUCUGCCGCAUACUCGCCUUGGCCGCCUCCGGGACUGCAAUACGCACGAAUCCCUCAGUGAACUCUGUGAUGAUUACUCCCUUAUAGACAACGAGUACUUCUUCGAUCGCCACCCGAAAUCUUUCAGUUCCAUAUUGAACUUCUACAGGACCGGCAAAUUGCAUUUAGUUGAUGAGAUGUGCGUGCUAGCUUUCAGCGAUGACCUGGAGUACUGGGGUGUGGACGAACUGUAUCUAGAAUCAUGCUGCCAGCACAAGUACCACCAACGGAAGGAGCACGUGCACGAAGAGAUGCGCAAGGAGGCAGAGUCUCUUAGGCAGCGCGACGAAGAGGAGUUCGGUGAAGAUAAGUGCUCGCAAUAUCAAAAAUGGCUGUGGGAUAUGCUUGAGAAACCGACCACUUCGAUAGCAGCUCGGGUGAUCGCCAUCAUUUCCAUCUUGUUCAUAGUGUUAUCGACGAUCGCUUUAACACUGAACACGAUUCCGAGUAUGCAAGUUACCGAUGAAAAGGGAAACGUAAAUGACAAUCCGCAAUUGGCGAUGGUCGAGGUAGUCUGCAUCACUUGGUUCUCCCUCGAAUAUAUCCUGCGGUUUAGCGCAUCGCCGAACAAGUGGAAGUUCUUUAAGGGCGGUCUGAAUAUCAUUGAUCUGUUAGCAAUACUGCCAUAUUUCGUAUCGCUUUUCCUCCUGGAGACCAAUAAAAAUGCAACGGACCAAUUCCAAGACGUCAGACGUGUCGUGCAGGUGUUCCGCAUCAUGCGAAUCCUGCGUAUCCUAAAGCUCGCCCGGCACUCGACCGGUCUCCAGUCAUUGGGUUUCACCCUUCGCAAUUCUUACAAAGAGCUGGGUUUACUUAUGCUUUUCCUCGCGAUGGGCGUCCUCAUAUUCUCGAGUCUGGCUUACUUUGCCGAGAAAGAAGAGAAAGAUACCAAGUUUAUCAGUAUUCCGGAAACCUUCUGGUGGGCUGGUAUUACCAUGACCACGGUCGGUUAUGGCGACAUUUACCCAACUACGCCACUUGGGAAGGUCAUAGGAAGUGUAUGUUGUAUUUGCGGUGUCUUGGUGAUUGCGUUGCCCAUUCCCAUCAUUGUCAACAAUUUUGCCGAGUUCUACAAGAACCAGAUGCGGCGCGAGAAGGCCUUGAAGAGGCGCGAGGCCCUCGAGCGAGCCAAGCGCGAGGGCAGUAUCGUAUCCUUCCACCAUAUCAAUCUUCGGGACGCCUUCGCCAAGAGCAUGGAUCUUAUCGACGUUAUCGUAGACACAGGCCACAACAUAUCACACCUCGACGGGAAUAGUACCGAGGGGGACUCGACGACGGGCCGAAAUCCAUCGCAAACGGGUUGUUACCGAAACUACGAUAUUUUAUCAAACCGACAUAGACGUAGCAACUCUUCCCAAACUCCCUGUCUUCCAAUCAAUGAUGGACCUCCAGUUCCAGUUUCACCAGUCUCCCAGAAGCGACUCCUGGACCUCGCGCCGCCCGAGGAACAGCAGCAGCAACAGCUGCAGCUGCAGCAGACCUGUGCUAUGGCUCCGCUCGCCCAGGACGAGACCGUCCUUCUGCCACCCACGCCGAAAGGAUACAUAUCGCCAGGGGCGGACAGCAAAAAAUCUGAUCCCAACAAGAAUAAGAUCGAGAAAAUCGACGAAUUUCCUAGCGAAUUCGAAUGUUGCUUUUGCACCUCGAAGGAUUUCAAAGAGUUCGUUGACGCGGAAAACUUAAUGCCACUGGCAACGAGCGACUUCCGUAACCCCGUCUGCCUGGAGAUGAGGACGCUGAAAGGGGAGGCUGCGGCCUUCGCGGAGAUGGACGCCAGAUCGAAGCCACUCUUCCAGUACAACAAUAAUAACAACAACAACAAUAAUAACAACAACGGAGAUAUGGGCAGCAUGGACAGCUCGGACACGUUUGCCAGCUGCAACACGCAUCCGUUCUACUCGCAAGGUGAUCUUACUUCGGAAGUGGCGGAUCCGAGCUGCGCCAUCGAUAGCAAUCUCUAUGUGAAUCCUCUGGACAAGAGCGGAGAGAAUAGUCCGGAAGCUACGACGACUCCGGCGGCCACGGUACGGCCUGCUGGUGUCAAGAAAUCGGCUUCCGGGGAUACGGCUCUCCGGAGUUUAGCCACGUCACCUAUGGAUGACCAUUACAGGGAGUUCUCGGCCCUGGAUAGGGGCAGCAGAGUCAGCCUCAACGAAUCGCCCUUACCCAAGCAAAGUCGCCGGACACGAUUCCAACAGAGUCACGGCAGUCGUCCGAAGACGAGGUUCGGGGAUGCGUUCGAGAGGGACUCGCAGGAGAGCCUGGAGAAGAAGAAGAGGACUUCUUUCAUUCCGACGAGAGGAUUGGCAUCGGCGACGCGGAUCAUCAAUCAACAUCUCUUCGGCAUCCAGAACUUGGGCGGAUCCAGAACAGGGAAGAAUUGUGGAAGUAAAUCGUCUUUGUCAGUAGAUUCGAUUGAUAGCAGAGCGAGCCCGCAACUAGAUCACCACCGAAGAUCAAAGUCUAUAUUGAAAAAGUCGGAUAGCAGCGGAUACCGGAGCGCAGAUCCGGAGAGCGAACGUCUCAUCUCGGAUAACACCAGUCUGGACGUCGGAUCCGGAAGUGAAUACUCACCGAACAAGAGGUUGUCCUCGCCGCCCCUGAGCCAACGCUCGGCGUGCCAUCGUAGGCUCACAAGGAUCCCGCCGCCGCCACCACCCUACCAGCAACAGGAAGUUGACAAAAACAGGACUAUGAAGUCACCGUUGUUCCUACUCGACGAUAUCAUGAACAGCAAGGACAAGCAGACGUGUAACGAACAAGUGGUCGGGAAUAAAUACAGUGUCGUUGAUGUGCCGCUUUACAUUUGCCCACCGCCUCCACCCAUGGACGAUCAUUCACCCACGGAAGAGACAAGACUGUUGCUGCACACCACGACCUCCCUUCCACCGAACGUCCAGAUGCCGGCCAACUCUGUAAACAACAAGACACCGCAUUCUUCGUAGCAGUCACAGAUCUCGCGGAGUUGGAGAUGCAGCUUUGGAUUGGUGGAGUGCUAACAAGGAGGAAACAGAGCCGAAAACGACGAAGAGAAUGGUUUCUAUGUUACAUUUAGUGUUAAGGUAUUGGAGUGCUUGAUCGAUGUGCGUUACGAAAACUGAAAAAAAAAAUCUAUGUAAAUGUACGAAGAGAGAGGUACGCAGAAAAAAAUGUAUGGUAGAUGACGCAUAAUCAAAAAAAAACGAAUUAAGUGCGAGUGCUUUAGUUACGAGGAGUUUGUUAUUAAGUUUAGGCUAUUAAACUAUUUACUAAAUCGGGGAUCGAAGUGGUCCCUCGUCAAAAAAUUACGUAUGUUGAAUGAUAAUGGCACAGUGUACAUAAAUAUAUUGGCCAAGCUUAUUUUUGUCUGUGAUUUAAUUAAUUUUAGUGGUGAAGAAGAUACUAAGCAAAAGAAAUGAAUAAAGAGGAAGAAAAAAAAACGCGAGGAGGAAAAUGAAGAAACAUUGUGAA